AUGGAAGGAGUAGAACGUACCAGGUGGACAAUUGCGGGGAAAUAUGCAUCACACAUAAAAGUCGAGGAAGUGAUGUGGGCAGUUGUUAGGAUGAGAGAUUUGCAGAAGUGGACUGAAUUUGGAACUUACAAAGUACCGCCCUCAUGUAUGAGAGCUCCACAGAGAGAGCAAUAA